AUCGUGAGGACAUGCGCGUUGUGCACAUGCACAGAGGAGGUCUACAGAGUAACACAUUAAGCUCAGACGCUUUCUGUCGACUCCAUGAUAACUCCAUUGAGGCGCUCUCCCAUCAGCAGCAUAACACGGAAAAGUAAACAGGAUUUUUUUUAACCCCCCUGCCGCUCGUUGCCGAAAUCAAAACAUAUCAAGUGGAUGAUUUUGUUGCGUUCAAGCCUUUACUUUUGGCUCCUCUGUAUUGAUAUGAUAUUUUUUUUCUGAUCGUCGAUCGUCCCUGCCGCCACCCUGAAGUUCAUUGUGAUCAUUUUGGCCGCCGGCAUGGUGGCUUUCAUCGGCGCCGUUAUUUGCAUCAUCGCAGCCGUCCAUACUGGAACUACCAAGGCGGCACGACAGCAACCGGCUGCCGACAAUCGCUCGUUGUACCCGGCCAGUGCGACGCAGCCCCCCGUUACCAGGGGCUCGGCGGCCAGGGCUGGAAGCCUGGGUGCUCUCCAUGGUUCUGAAGUACCAGAAUCUGAGGCACCGACCUUUCACGUCGGACUCGGUGGUCAGGACGGGGUCACUGGACUGAUUGGCCACGACCCAACAGUCAGUCGGCUCAUAUGCACCCCGAUCCCCGCCGGAGAGUGCAACCUGAAAAACUUUCAGCAACAAGCGGAUGACCCGUCGCUAUACGCGGGAGAGGAUUGGGGGCACCUCCGCACAACGGCGGACGAGCUCCGGCAGACCGUCCGGCAACAAAAGGAGCAAAUACAAACGGACCAGCGGACCAUCAGGGAACUGACAAGCAAACUAUCCGAAUGCGAGAAGGGGCUGAAGGUACGAAGUGGCGUCGCCGACAGACGAGGGGGAGCUGCGGGCAUAUGGGGAGAGGGAGCGCACCUGGAGCGGGUCAUGGUGCGGGACAGCCCCGGGUCUGCGCCUGACCACGUGCUCACGAUACGGGCUGUGGAUGAGCUGGAGCAAGCUAUCAGUCAUCUUAAAGACCGCAUUGAGAGACUGGAGGCAGAUAUCAAUCUGUUCCCUCACAACCAGACAGAUAUCAACACCUCUUCAGUUGUGGAGGAUGGCAGGAAAUCUGGUGGCCCAGAAAUACUGACUGGGAACAAAGCUGGGGCAGAAAGGCCUUGGAGGAUGGAGGAUUUGGAAGGGGAGCUUGAAAGGAAGGUGGAGCUGUUGGAAAAAGAGAGAAAAUCCUUGAGGCUGGAAACUGAAAGACACAGACAGGAAAUGGAUCAGGGAAUCAACAAGCUACACCACCGACUCUCAGAACUGGAGCAAGCUAAUUCUUUUCCAGAGGGCUACAGACUGUCUUUCCCAUCUCGUACAAACUACAUGUACGCUGUGGUGAAACAUUCCAUACCAAAGUUAUUGGCCUUUACCGUCUGCCUGUGGCUCCGGCCAACAGAAGGAGGCAUUGGAACUCCUAUCUCUUAUGCUGUUCCUGAGCAACCCAAUGAACUGGUAUUACUCCAAGGCCUUCAUACGCCCACUGAGCUGCUCAUCAAUGACAAGGUGGCACGGUUACCUCUGAACCUUUCUAGAGGAAAUUGGCAGCACAUUUGUGUGAGCUGGACCCAGAGUGGAGGAGAUUGGCAGGCCUACCAAGGGGGAAAGCUGAGGGGACAAGGCCACGGACUGGCAGCCGGUCAUGACAUUAGACCUGGAGGAGUAUUAAUCCUAGGUCAAGAGCAGGAUUCCCUAGGUGGUGGCUUUGACUCAACUCAAGCUUUAGUUGGAGAGUUGUCCCAGAUGGGUCUUUGGGACCGAGUCCUGUCUGCGGACCAGGUGGCCAGCUUGGCUCGUUGUGGAAUGGUGACCCAGGGCAGUGUGGCUUCUUGGACUGAGCGUGGAGUGGAGAUAUAUGGUGGAGCUACCAAGAACCCAGGGGAGCCUUGCAGUAAACACAGCCAGAGCUCAAAGUGACAGAUGGAACAUUAGAGGAAAAAGAGGGAAGCAGGAAGGCAGAAAUUUCUGCUUUUUUAAAACAAAAAGUUAUUCCAUCUGUUUAUUGUUGUUAUAACUCUCUGUGGCACUGAACAUUUUCAUGAUGAAGUUAACAAGCAUCCUUUGCAGUAAUACAAAAUAUGGACAAAAUGGGACACUUAACCGUAAAACAUAAAAUACAAGGUUGGUCUCCAAUUUCCACAAUAUGGAAACACAGUCUUCAAGAUUUAAGAAUGUGUAAGGAUAUCAUGAAAACCAUUAUAAAUAACAUAGAACAGAGGAAAGAACCCUUUCCCUAAGCUGAUACAAAAAUAUCUCCAAAUUGACUAGCUGAAAGCUCGAGAUUCAGGAGGAAAUAAAUGACCAACAGUGGAUAUGAAAAGUCUAUAAAAGUCUUGUUCAAAUGACAGUUUUUUGUGAUGUAAAAAUGAAGAUCAAAAUAAUAUUGUGUCAAAUUGUUUUGACAUCACAUUUUAUCAAAUGACAUCAAAAUUUAACAAAAGCUUCCCCGUACAUUUUCAAUGGCCCUAUUCAUUUCCAAUGUCACACUCAACUUCACAAAAACGUGUACAUUCACUCAUAUUGAUGAAGCCUUCUACGAAUGGCCUCAAAAUUAACUGGAAGUAAUGACUCGAAAAUGCCUUAAAAUAAUCAGAAAAUGACCCAAAACAACAGAAAGUGACUCGUACUAAGUGCCCAGAAACCAACAGAAGUGACCCAAAACCAAGUGACCUGGAAAUACUCUAAAAUCAACUGGAUUGGACCAAUGAACAAUAAGUGACCCAAAAAUGCCCUAAAAAUCAGCAGAAAAUUAUCCAAAAUGCACAGCAAUGGUGUACCGCACGCUACACGUCACUUCCGCUCAUUAAUAUUCAUGAUGUUAGCAAAUGUUGCUAAGGGCGGGCACAUGCUACCGUUUGUACCCAAUGGUAAAUGAAUGGAAAUAGUGUACGAAGGAGAUGUUUACAGAGCUAAACCUACCAAUCUGAAAAUGAUGUCCCUGGUGCCAAAUUAAGAUGUGAAAGAACAUACCGUAUUGGCCCGAAUAUAAGACGACCCCGAUUAUAUACUUUUACAAGACUCAAGUUUGAAAAAAGACUUUUUGAACACCAAAUUAAUUUUUAUACAGACAAUAAUUACAGUACAUCCGAAACAAAUUAUUAUGACAAUAUAUUAGAGAGAAAAAGCAUGUUAUUUUGCCUCAUUCAAAUCUUAAAAUCUGAACAUUUAAAUCUGUAAAAUAAAGUGCAAUCACAUUCGUAAAUUAAUGGCUUCUGGUUUUUGAAAUGUAAAUAAACCAAUCUAUUGUGAUAAAACAACAAAAUUGCAAUAACUGCAUUAACCAUCAAAGUGAAGUCUAACUGUAACUGUAGUCUUGAAACAAAUCUGAAUAAGGAAAAACAAUAAUAUAAAGCAAUAAAGCAAUAAAAUAAUGCAAACUGGUUAAACUUGAGAGUAGCUGAGAUCUGUCAUGACAGAACAUCGCUUCAAUGAUAUCUGACGCCAUCUAGCGUCGUGAAUGGGUAUAAUGUCUAGACCGCGUAUUUAAGACGACCCCUUCUUUUUCAGUCUUAUUUCAAUGCAAAAAAACACCGUCUUAUAUUCGGGCCAAUACGGUACAAAUGUUCAGUUAAAGAGAUGGCUUGAGUGUCAAGGGCUGAAAAAGAGCAGAGAUGAUCCGCACCUUUGUCCUUACGCCACUGUCAAUGACGUUCUCCUUUUCCAACAAGUUAUCCUUUACUCCCGUAUGCCCUGUCUUUCUUAUAUAUUAUAUCCUCUGGUUGUCUUACGUCUCUGACCGUUCUUGGGGGUAAUUUGUCUUGUUACUUUUGUGUAGCGAUCGCAAAUGCUACUCAGUGACAGAGAACGAACAUUUUUAAUUUUUUCAUUAAUAACAAAUCUUAAUUCUAUUAAUUUAUUUACACUUCCCCCUUACUAAAGUUGUUUCUUUACAACAGAAAAAGUAACAACUGUGGCAGUCAGAUACCACUUACGGUGGCAGUCAGUUACCACUUUAAUUUUUUUCAGGUCAUUCAUUGUCAGACAGAAGCAGCACGGCAAAACGUCACACUGAAAAAUAAGUAAAAAUAUCAAAAUGGGAAAUGUCCCUGAGUUGAUUUGAACCACCAGCCAACAAAUUUUUUACUGCAUAUGAAGGUGAAUAACUUCACCUUGCUGGCGUUAAACUGGACAUCCGCACAAGCUGAUCCAUUGUUCACAUUUUUUCCUUUGAGUCUUUGGUUUUAGGAAACGUAUGAAGAAAACAUCUCUCAUAUGAGGAUGGUCGUAAUGUCUAGAGUCGUUUCUACAAGUUCCAUAGUAGCAGUGUUUGAUCGGCAUGUUCAUUUUUGAAAGAUUACCGGACAAAACUAGCAGAAAUAUAAUGGUUUGUAUGCGAGGGCGUGUCUUUAUUGUCCCGCUUCCGCUUUACGAUGCGACGCCACGGUCUAAAAAUAGCAUUCGUGCGGUACACUAUUGACCAGCGGACUGCCCAAAAAUAUACAGGAAGUUUCUCAAAAUCAACAGGAAGGGACUUGCAAGUACUCUAAAAUUAACAAGGAAGUGACCCAAAAUUAACUCAUUGAAUACUACAUGAUAGACAUUAAAGUAUUUAAAUGUGACCAAUGCAUAGGGAGUGAUCAGGAAAUGCCCCGAAUUCAACAGAAAAUGAUCUAAAAUCUACAUAUAGUCACCCCGGAAUGACCCAAAGUGUACGAAGCGUAAGUACCCUAAAAUUAGCAAUGAAGUGCACCAAAUCCCAAGCUGUGCAAUCGAUUUGGACUGAGGGAGGCGUCCCCCAAGUGAAAAUUAAUUGAACGUCUAGCGUCGUCAGUGACAGCCAAUUGGUUACCAAGUAAGAUACCUGAAAAUGCCCCAAAAUUUAAUGGGAAGUGACCAAAAAAUCUACAGGAAGUGACCAGUGGGAGAGCACAGUAACCCCACGCAAUCUUAUUCAGAAAUAGCAUUUUCUAUGUAAUAUUAGUAAUAGUAAUAGUAGUAGCAGUAGUAGUGGUGGUGGUCCCCGCGGCUCUGAUAAGGGUAAGUGGAGUUGAAAAUGGGUGCAUAUUAGUAAUUUGUAAGAGGAUAUAAAAAAAAAUGUUUAUUUUGCUAUGAUCACAUUAAACAAAAACUGCAUAUUUGAACAAGGAUAUAUUGACUUUUUAUAUUCAUUGAAACCUAAACACUGCAUGAUUAUGACAUUAAACAAAAGUUACGUCCCAGAUUAGAUAUGUGAAUCACUGUUUGAUGAUUCAUCCACCAUUCAUGAAUGUUGUAAUAAAAUGUAAUUUGGUAUUUUCCCCCAGCCGGCAGACUGCGUAAAAAGGAUAUUUUUCUAAAUGUAGUGAACUUGAGUAAUAUCUGAUUAAAUUGUGUGAUGUUAUAUUUGAAAAAACAAACAUUUCAGAAGAAUUUCCUGAUGCAAACUAGCAAUCUUUAAAUGCCGCUUGAAAUAUUUUACUGUUAACUACAAACUGAGACGUUUAUGUCAUUAUUACAGAACUAAGAGAUGUUAUCAGUCAAGGUGAAAUGAUGUGAAAUUGUAAAAAGAUGGGUCGGGAAUGACAAUAAGCUGAAGCCAGCAGGGUGAUGAAAGACAAGGAAAAGCAACGCUUUUCUACUUAACUCUUUCACUGCCGUUGGUGAUGAUAGACGUCUAAUAAUGUGGCGAUUAAAAACUAAAGUAAAACUCUUUGAUUGGCAGCAAAUGAACGUUUGUUCACUGAACCCUUCCACUUUAAAUGGAUUGUCUAUUGGUAUCAAUGGAAGUCAAUGAGUAUAUAUAUAUUUUUUGUUUUAACCCUUUUUUUUCUCUGAGAUUGUAUUGUAUGGAACAGUUCGAGCUGCAUGUUGUAUUCAUACUUGUUAUGUCUUGCAAGUACAAUGUGUUCAUUUUAAGCUUCACAAUUAAGGAAAUCAAUUAAGCUUGUGGUGGAAUUCAGGCUCUUUAGAUGGCUGAAUGAGAUGCUUAAAUUGCUAAUGUUACCUGUCUUUACAGUAUGUCUGCACAAAUGCACAUUUUUUCUUUUCAGUUGUACUUUUCAACAUUCUGUGCAAAUCCAUCUGUUGAAAAAAAAAUGUCAGUGCAUACAUUUAAUAAUUUAGUUACUUCACUGAUCAUUUAUGGUUUUCUUCAAAGUAAUCCCCAUGAGCCUAGACUUCCAAACAUUUCUUGCCUGAAGUACUAACAAAAUUAAUUAAAAGCCGGCAGAGAAAAUUCAGACGAUAAGAGCAUACAAAACUUUGGAUUCUUUUAGUGUCGAUGAUUCUAUUAGUAAUCGAGCAUGUAAAACUACAAUGAAAAAAAAAAAGCAGCAAUUACCUUAAAAUAUGAAUGAGCUUGAGACUGGCCAGAAUGCAGGGAUCUUAACUCAUUGGCUGCCAUUGACGGUGUUAUACGUCCAAUACAUUUUGACAGAGAGGGCCAGCAGCGAUUGAUCGAUCACUCCCCCAGCCCACCAGUCAAAGUUUUGCAAUGAAAACCAAAUGUUCCUUUUUUAAACUCACUGGCAGCCAUUGAUGGAGAUAGAAUUCCAAUCCAUAAGGCUAUAAGUCGCACUUUUUUCAUAGCGGCUUUUCCUCAAAUUCGACUUACAGUAUGUUUUGCUUUUAUGUUGUGUGUGUUUUGCUAUUAUUUUUUAACGUACAAUUCUUGUUCUUGGUUUCCGACAAUUUUAGAAAUUGCCCCCUAAAAUUGCGAUUUGUGCUCCAGUGUGACAUACAAUGGUAUCUCUACUUACGUACUACUUACGAAAUUAAUUGUUCCUGGAAGUAGUUUCUUUAACUGAAAAUUCCCUAAGUAGAGGUAAGUUUUCCAUGUAAAUGCCCUAUUUCGUUCCAAGCCACCCCCAAAAUUCCAACAUUAAUCUUCUAGAAAGCAUAAAAAUGCAUCAAAGCAUAUAACGAAUACUUGUUACAAUUAGAGUAUUGCACAAUAAACAUAAAAUAAGAGUUGUGCAUAAUGGAAAAAACAAGAGUAAGUAAGGAAUAUGAGUACGUAAAACUGUUGGAACACCUCAUGGCCCUGGGGGCCAAAUGACGAGGACCUUGGAAGACACACAUACACAGGCAGUAGAGGUACCGCUUAGCCUAUUGGAUGCCAGGAAGAUGCUAGGCAACAGCCAAUGGCAGAGCAGCUAUAAGUAUGUUACAGUGUAUCACAAAAGUGAGUACACCCCUCGCAUUUUUGCAGAUAUUUAAAUAUAUCUUUUCAUGAGACAACACUGACAAAAUGACACUUUGACACAAUGAAAAGAAGGCCCGCAAACAGUUUGCUGAAGACAUCUCAACAAAGCACAUGGAUUACUGGAACCAUGUCCUAUGGUCUGAUGAGACGGGCGGGCUUUCUUGUGUACCGUCUUCAGAAGAGGCUUCCUCCUGGAGUGACAGCCAUGCACACUAAUUUGAUGUAGAAUAUGGUCUGAGCACUAACAGCCUGACCCCCCACCUCUUCAAUCUCUGCAGCAAUGCUGACAGCUCUCCUGUAACGAGUCACAUAACGUUUUGGAGGGAAAAUGAAAAGCAGUACUGAAUUUCCUAUUAUAUAAGCCGCACACAGACUAUUCAUUGUGUCAAAGUGUCAUUUUGUCAGUGUUGUCCCAGGAAAAGAUAUACUUAAAUAUCUGCUAAAAUGCAAGGGCUGUACUCACUUUUGACACUGUUCAUUCAGUACACUUGCUGGUAGCUCAUAUGCGCUAGUAGCAGCUCAUACUGUAUUUUUGUCUUUCAUAUCCUGAAACUUCUUUGGUAACAAGAGGCAAUAUUUUCCCAUUGAGGUGUGAGACGUUCAUAAGUAGAGGUACCACUGUAUAUAUUUUUUCUCCUCUUCAUUAUCAUUCUUUGGCUGGUGUGACAGUGCGACUUAUAGUAUGAAAAUAUGAUAUUUUAAAAUUAAUGUCAAUCUGUUGUGAUGUGACAGAGUGACAAAAUCUCAAUACUGCCAACUAUAUUUUGUCAAUUUUUGUGUAUUUCCCAGACAUGAUGGAACUUGUUAUGUAUCUUUCCGUUGCAAAAUCCAAACUGCAAUGUAUUUUGUUCAUGUAUUUUGUCCCUGCAGAAUGUUUAUGCGAUAUGAAAAGAGAAACAUACAUACAUGCCAAAUUAUCUUGUGCCUACUAUCGUUUGUAUAGAUGCUUCCCAGUGUGCAAUAUUGACAAGACUGAUGUUUAUUCAGUUACUGUACUGUAUUUCAGAGCUUUUAGAGACCCUGUCAUAGUGUUUUGGCAUUAUUGAACUGGUUAAAAAAAAAGCCUGUUAAAUCUUUUUGGGAUGUUUUUUUGUUUGCUUUCUGUCUAAACUGUUACGUACUAUUACUGAGCACCGGUCUUGUUGUACUGCGAUGUCUGUCAUUUUAUUACAAUAAAACUACUGAUUUUCAGAAGUGAGUUUCCUUU